CAACUUUCUUUGUUUGCUCUCAAAUCAAAACAUCGCGUUGGUGUUCUGGCUUCGGGUCCACUCUGGGUGCAAAACUUGCUAGUGCAAAAUACUAUAAAAAAAACUGAAAUUAUUAUCUAGUUCCAGUCUAAUACACAAGGAUUGAUACAGAUCAACAUCCAUUAAACUUCUGUUGCAAAAAUGCCCGCUUAUCAUUCCCAAAUCAAGGACUACAGCCAAUCCGUGGGUAACAUGGCAAUUCUGCCGCUGCGUACCCAGGCGCGUGGACCUGCACCAACAAACGCCAGCAUCGAGCAGGACAUCAUCGAUGAAUCCUUGUACUACUUCAAGGCGAAUGUGUUCUUCCGGACGUACGAAAUCAAGUCCGAGGUCGAUCGAGUGCUAAUCUACAUCACUCUCUACAUUACCGAGUGUCUGAAGCGCCUGCAGCGGUGUUCCAACAAAAACCAAGGCCUGCAGGAAAUGUACACGCUGGCCAUUUCCAAGUUCGACAUUCCCGGUGAGGCUGGCUUCCCGUUGAAUGCCGUCUACGCCAAACCGUCCUCGACUACGGAAGCGGACUUGAUGAAACAGUAUUUGCAACAGCUGCGGCAGGAAAUCGGCAUCCGGGUUUGCGAAAAGGUGUUCUCCGGAGAGGAUGGCAAACCGAGCAAGUGGUGGUUGUGCUUCGCCAAGAAGAAGUUCAUGGAUAAGUCGCUGUCGGGACCUGGACAGUAAAUGGCCCCAAAAUAAGGUAUGCAUGGUUCAAUUAGGUAUUACAUACAUUGUUCACUUGUCUAAUAGGAACAUUCUUCUAUAAAUGCAAA